AGACAAGAUGAAAUUUGCUUUCCGAACAACUCUGUCGUUAUCUUCAAAUGUUGGGAACGGUGGAAGAGAAACUAGUCUUUUCCAGAAGUAACUAAAAACCCUCAGUUACACUCCAAUAACUUUUUCCACACUUAACACCAAUUCAUUUCAUCAAACCAAUGGGAAAAUCAAGUUUUUUGAACCAUUUUUCAGUGAUUUUUCUUCUAUUUUUUCUUCUUAAUGCAUCUGUUUCGGUUGCAGCCCCAACAUCAGAGUCGGUGUACACCCCUUUCCUCCAGUGCCUAACAAACUACACAAAAUUUCCAGACCAAGUCUCCAACAUAGUCUUUACUCAAACCAACUCUUCCUUUUCUUCUGUUCUCCAAGCCUAUAUCCGCAAUGCUCGGUUCAACACAACUUCAACUCCAAAACCCUUACUCAUUGUCACCCCUCUGCAAGAAUCUCAAGUCCAGGGUGCUGUUGUUUGUGCCAAAACCAUUGGGAUUCAACUCAGAAUCAGAAGUGGUGGACAUGACCUUGAAGGUAUUUCAUAUGUCUCUGAUCAACCCUUCAUUAUACUUGACUUGUUCCAGUUCCGGAAUAUCACUGUGGAUGUACAAAAUGAGAUUGCUGUGGUUCAAGCUGGUGCUACUGUUGGAGAGUUUUAUUAUAGGAUUUGGGAGAAGAGUAAAGUUCAUGGCUUUCCUGCUGGGGUUUGUCCUACUGUUGGUGUUGGUGGUGGCCAUUUCAGUGGAGGAGGGUAUGGUAACAUGAUUAGAAAACAUGGGUUAUCUGUUGAUCAUGUUAUUGAUGCAAGAAUUGUUGAUGUCAAUGGUAGGAUUCUUGAUAAGAAUGCCAUGGGGGAGGACCUUUUCUGGGCUGUUAGAGGAGGGGGAGGAGCAAGUUUUGGAGUCAUCUUAUCAUUCACUGUUAAGUUGGUUCCGGUACCGGAGAUUGUGACUGUUUUUCGGGUUGCAAAGACUUUAGAACAGAAUGCUACUGAGCUUGUUUUACAGUGGCAGCAGGUUGCGCCUCGCACCGACGAUAGGCUUUUCUUGAGGCUGCUCUUGCAGCCUGUGAGUUCUAAGGUUGUGAAAGGGAAGAAAACCAUGAGGGCCAAAACCAUCAGGGCCACUGUUAUUGCUUUCUUUCUUGGUGGUUCUGAUGAGCUUGUCAAUCUGUUGGGUAAGGAGUUUCCUGCUCUUGGUUUAAAUAAGGAAAAUUGUUCUGAAAUGAGUUGGAUUAAUUCUGUGCUUUGGUGGGCUAGUUUUGACAAUGGUACAGCAGAACCAGAGGUCCUGCUUGACCGGAACACAAACUCCGCGAGUUUGCACAAGAGGAAAUCUGAUUAUGUGCAGAAACCGAUUUCGAAAGAUGGGUUGGAAGGGAUAUGGACGAAGAUGAUUGAAUUGGGAAAAACAGGAUGUGUUUUCAAUCCUUAUGGAGGAAAAAUGAAUGAGAUCCCAUCUGAAGCUACCCCAUUUCCUCACCGCGCUGGGAACCUGUUCAAGAUUCAAUACUCGGUGAAUUGGGGCGAACCGGGAGCUGAUGCAGAGAAUAAUUUUACAAAUCAGGCAAGAGAGCUAUAUAGUUACAUGACCCCAUUUGUGUCCAAUAGUCCUAGAAGCGCCUUCUUAAAUUACAGGGACCUUGACAUUGGUACUAACCAUUUUGGAAAGAAUAGUUAUGAAGAAGGAGCUGGUUAUGGGGUCAAGUACUUCAAUAACAAUUUUGAGAGGUUGGUCAAGAUCAAGACUGUAGUUGAUCCUGAAAACUUCUUCAGGAAUGAACAGAGUAUUCCAACUCGCCCGCGGUUGGACCCUGGUGGCAAUAAAUCCGGUGCUGGAAAAAUGCUAUACUCCAGCUUACCUAGGAAACUAAUGGUAACGUUGGUAUGGUUCCUCAUCCUUGAAUUGUUCAUAUGAUUAUUGUAGCCUUACAUGGACUUAGACUGAAGUUUCCUAUGAACAAGCUAAACUUUGCAGCUUAAAAUCUGAUAGUAAGCUGUCUUUGCGAAGAAAUUCGCCCCCGGAAAUGGGUAUGCUGAGUAGGAUUUACACAUCGACAUUCGGUUUCAGUUCAGGAUGAAAAGGAUUAGACACCGAUUGUUAUAAAGAAGUACCACUCCUCUGUAUUUGGUUUGUAGCAGCUUACAUAGUUCUGUGAUUAGAGGAAGCUGACUAGUGGACAUUUCGAUUAUACCAUCCUUUCAUAACAAGUAAAGUGUAUCUUGCUUUCUGACAUGUGGUAAUAACAUUCCAAAAUUUUUACAUGUCUUUGAGAGAAUAUGUUCAAUGCUUCAAUACCUGAACUAUGUAGAGGACACUCUUUAGUCUUUAUUCUUCUCCUUGUUAAGAGACUUACAAAGCAAUCCUAGGUGAACCAAGAUUCAGGUUAGCUUAUGAAUAAGAGUUUAUGCUUACCUAUAA